AUGCCGUUCGCCGGCGUAUCUGUCGUCUCCAAUUGCAAGUUGUCAGGCUCUGCGUCGGCCAUGGUCUGCCGCGCGGCCAGCGGGUACCACCUCUUGGUCGUGGAUGGGUACUCUUGCAUCAAGGACACGCCCAACACCAAGAGCAUCAGGUCACGGGCUUUCAGGAUCGGAGGCUACUGGUGGGUCAUCCUCUACUCCCCGAAGGGCGAGCGCUUCGAAGACCUCGGCUAUAUGUCGGUCACUCUCGCUCUUGAUCACGACCAGGAGAUUCUACGGCCGGUAAAGGUGAAGUUCGAGUUCAGCUUCAUCGACCAGGUCGAGGAGCAGCGUUCGGCACGCGUCCGCGCAGGCGAAGUAGUCGAGCUUUCCGCCGGUGCCUCCUGUGGCCACCAUAGGUGGAUGAAGAGGACGGACUUUGACAAGUCGAAGCAUCUCAGGGACGACGGCUUCAUCAUCCGCUGCGAUCUCUUCGUUGUCGACGCCAAGGCCACCCGUGGCGCCGCUGCUCUGCCCGGCGCUGCCGUAGAGGUGCCCAAUUCUGACAUACACGACCAGUUUAGGGAGCUUCUUCGGACACAGUUGGGCACGGAUGUCACCUUCAAGGUCGGCAGCGAGAGGUUCGCCGCGCACCGUUGUGUGCUUGCGGCUCGCUCCUCCGUCUUCAGGGCGCAACUCUUUGGCUCCAUGAUGGAGGGCACUACUACGGCUAACGCCAUAAACAUAAAAGACAUGGCACCAAACGUGUUCAGGGCCUUGCUAACUUUCAUCUACACCGAUGCCAUGCCCAAGAUGGAGGACGAUGAGUACGAGUACGAAGAAGAUGAAGAUGAUGAAGUUGAAGAAGAAGAAGUAAUCUCGUGGCUGCAGCACGUGCUCGUUGCGGCAGAUAGAUUCGAUCUCCCAAGGCUCAAGUUGUUGUGCGAAGAUCAGUUGUCUGAGCACAUAGAUAUAAUGACAGUGAUGACAAUUCUCGCUCUAGCUGAACAGCACCGCUGCUGCGGGUUAAAGGAGGCGUGCUUGCAGUUCCUCCAAAUACUCUCUCCCACGAGGUUACAGAACUUACUCGCCACCGAGGGCUGGGGCCAUAUAGCCGAAAACUACCCCGCUGUUGUCAACCAGCUCAUAUUUAAGCUUGCUUCUAAAUGUUAA